UGGGCGGGGUACAUCAGUGGCAAUAGCCAAGUGGAGUCGCGCGCAUCGGCUGGAAAUGAUUCGGCCACUUAAGCUGCUGCUGCCUUUUGCCACGUUGCCAGCGAUCAUCUGGCUGCUGCUGCUGCUGGCCAAUGCCAAUGCCAAGGCCAAUGCUCUGACAGGUGAGGCGAGUCUCUACAACGAGGCUGACAACGUGAUCAAUGCGGACACCGAAACACUGCUGCCGUAUCUGCGCACGACGCCAAAGGGCAAGCUGGUGCAGUUCAUAAACAUCUUCUGCGGCGACUGCCGACGCUUCGCACCCACCUUCAAGGAUGUGGCACGCGAACUGUACAAGUGGAGGAGCGUGAUCAGCGUUUACGCCGUCGACUGUGCCCAGGAGAGGAAUGUGAAGAUCUGUCGCGACUUUCAGAUCCUUCAUACACCGACGUUGCGCUACUUUCCACCAGCAUACUCUGGCAACGGGCUGGGCAUCAACAUACAAACCACCAUGCCUGAAGAAAUUAUCGAUCUGUUGGCCGGGUAUUUGGCCAGAGACACCGACACGGCCCUGCUGCACUUUGAGCCCCUUAGACCCGACAGCACUGCGAAUGCCACAAUCGCAGAGCACAGAGGACAUGGCCACAGCGAGGAUUAUAUUGCACUUGUCCUACAGCCGAGGGGCUCGAACAUUGGCAGAGACACGAUCCUCGAGCUGCUGCCAUAUCCUGCGGUGGCUGUACGCAUUCUCGAUGAUGUCCAGAUCUUUGCCAACUUUGGCUUGGCUGCCCACGACCAGAAGUUGGCCAUCAUGGACCUGGCCGGCAACAUUCUGGCGCUGAAGGCCUUGCAAGAAACGAGCCAAGCCUAUGCGGCCAGCAUUGCCGAGUUUCUGGCCCAAAUGGGUCGCACCCCGUGGCCGCCACUACCCACGACCAGAGCACCGAAAAUCAGCACCAUCCGAAACAAGGAGAAGCUGUCGAUCCUGGCGACAGUGAUGCGGGAAGCACCGAGGGUCUAUCGCGCCGAUCUGGAGCAGUCAAUCGACACACUGCUGCACAUUGAGUUGCCCAAGGCAGGGCUCAUUGAGGGCAAUAAUCUGACAGAUCUGCGAAACAUAAUCUCCGUACUGAGACACAACAAUCCCCUGAACAAGGACGGUCAGCUGCUGCUCACAGGCCUCCACGAUUCGCUGCUCACGAUCGACCGCUUGACGGGACUGGAGUUCAUGGAAUUGGUCAAGUCGCAAGAGAAGGGGCUGGGCAAUGUGUUCAAGGCACAUCGCUAUGUUGGCUGCAUUGGCACGCGUCCCUUCCUGCGCGGCUUCACCUGCUCCCUGUGGACGCUGUUCCACUACCUCACUGUUGCGGCGGCCAAGCAACCGCACAACCUUGAGCCUGGAUCCGUGCUCGACGCCGUACACGGCUUUGUCAAGCACUUUUUUGGCUGCACGGACUGUGCCCAGCAUUUCCUGGCUAUGGCAGAGCACAACCACAUCGAAUUGGUGGCGGAUCACGAUGCUGAGAUUCUGUGGCUGUGGGAGGCCCACAAUGAGGUCAACAGCCGUUUGGCUGGCGAUACCACAGAGGAUCCCGAGUUCCCAAAGAUUCAGUAUCCCAGCGAAAUGGAUUGCCACGCCUGCAGGAACGAGAACGCCGAGUGGAAUCGCAUUGAGGUCUUAAAAUAUCUGAAAAGCAUCUACGACACUAAGAACUUGAGCUCCUACGGUUUGCCUACCGCCUGGGUAUUUUAAUCGAAUGUAAAAAUAUUGCUUCAUACUUUA